AUGUCCCUGGGGGACUUUCUGAAUGAUGGUACUGGUUUUGGUGGUGGUUCUUGGGCUGAUGAGGUUGAGGAUUCUUAUGAAUAUAUCAGGCACUCAACCCCUCCCCUCGAGCGACCGACCCCGCCCUGGUGGCGCUGUUUCCUCCUGGCAGGACCGAGGUUCGCGCAUAUUCAGACCCCCUCGUGUCAAGAUGCCGUCUCGCUAACUGUUCUAGGCUACUCUGUUCGCGAGAGCGCUCCCCAGUCGCUUCCCGAGCGUCCCCCGUUCACCGCUCACCUCGGGAACCUCUCUUACGAUGCGACGGUUGAGUCCGUCACCGAUUUCUUUGCCGACAGCGAAAUUGUGAGCGUCCGAAUUAUUGAAGAUCGCGAAAUGCAGCGCCCCAAAGGGUUCGGUUAUGUCGAGUUUACCGAUCUCGAGGGCCUUAAGAAGGCUCUUGCGCUUGAUAACGAAUCCUUCCAGGGACGUAUGAUCAAGAUUAAGGUUGCUGAUCCUCCCCGUGGCGGAGAUGGCCGCAUGGACUCGAACCGCGAUCUUAGCGAUUGGACUCGCAAGGGACCCCUGCCUGAUCUUCCCGGUCGUGGUGGCAACCGUCAGCCUUCCGAGUUUGGUAGUGAGCGCAGAAUGCGCGACCCUGCUCUCGAGUCUAACCGCGGCCCUGCUCGAGAGAUGAACUGGGAACGCCGUGGUCCUCUUGCCGCCCUCCCACCCCACGAGUUUGGUGGCCGCGACAACAGCCGUCCUCCUCGCCCUGCCCCCGAGGGCAUGGGUGAGCGCAGCGAAUCCUUCCGUGGUUCUCGCACUGACCGACCCGAGAGAGCUGAGAGAGCUGAGAGAGUUGACAGAAGCCCCACUGCCGCCGAAAAGGACUUCCAAUGGCGCGACCGCAUGCGUCCGGACGCCGGAAAGCAGUCGCCUUCCCAGGAGGGAGGUGAGGAUGCUUCCGCUGCUCCUGUUCCCGCUGCUGCCCCUGCCAGCCGUCCCCGUCUGAACCUCCAGAAGCGUAGCGUUGCCGAGUCGAGCGAUGCCGCUACUCCCGCCGCCGACUCCAAGGCCAGCCCCUUUGGCGCCGCCCGUCCUAUCGACACGGCCGGUCGCGAGCGGGAACUUGAAGUGAAGCGCCAGCAGGCUCUCCAGGAGAAGCGCGAGGCUGAUGAGAAGGCCAAGGAGGAGCGUCGCCUUGCCAAACAGGCUGCUAAGGAGGCCGAGGAGGCCGAGGCUGAAGCUAAGGCCAAGGCAGCCGCUGCUCAAGAGGAAGCAGCCGCCGUUCAAGAGGAAGCGCCUACUCCUAUCGAGGACGCACCUGCUGCCGAAAAGCCCAAGGAUGCUGAGGAGAAGGAAAAUGGCGCUGAGACGCAGUUACCCGUGCGUACCCGUGAGCCCCGUGAGCCCCGUGAGCCCCGUGAGCCCCGUGAGCCCCGUGAACCCCGUGAGGCCAAGGAGGCCAAGGAGGGUGUCCCCAAGUCCAGAGCUACCGAAGGUGGCAGCUGGAGAUCGGCCUCUGGUGAGCAGCGUGGUGCCCGCGGUGGUGCCCGAGGCGGCCGUGGCGGCGCACCCCGAGGCGGUCGAAAUGAUACCCGUGGACCCCGUGCCAAUGGGGCGAGCGCUCAGCAGAGCGCUGCCCCCUCCGAGGCCGGCGAGGCCGCUCCUGUCGAAGAUGAUGGCUGGACCAAGGUGCCGGCCAACAAGAAGGGACGUCCGGGACGUCCUUAG